AUGCCGCCUUCGUUGCAGCAUCCUCCUCCACGCCCGGCUCGCCCGAUAGAUAGCGAGGACCUUUCCGAAGAGGAGGGCCUUGAGCGAUCCGCCAUGUUCAAGGGCGAUGAAUUCGAUGCGCUGGGCUUUGCAACUUCUCUGGAUGGAAACAAAGUGGCGGAGUCGGCCAAAACCUAUGCGGAGUGGUUCCAGGCAAAGGCCGAGAGAAGACUGAGGCGAUUGGAGUCGCGCAGAGAGAAGUUGCCGUCGGCGGGCGACUGGAGCACUGUCCCCAAGAACACGCUGAAGGCGUUGUUACGAAAGGGCGUGCCCCACGAGCACCGGCCAGAGCUGUGGUGGAGCAUCCUUGGCUGUGAAGCGGUGCGCCUUCGGUCGCCGGUGUCCUUCCAGCAAUAUCUCCAAGAGCCCGUGGACACCGCAACUGCAGAGACCAUCGAACGUGACUUGCCCCGGACGUUUCCAAGUCAUCAGAAAUUCCGAUGCGCGGCAGGCAGGGCAGAGCUUCGUAAUGUGCUACGGGCAUUUUCCCGGCGCUGUCCAGCCGUGCGCUACUGUCAAGGCAUGAACUUCAUUGCCGCCCUCCUCUUGGUCGUCUCUCAAGACGAAGAACGUGCUUUCUGGAUGUUUGUUUGUGCUUUCGACGCGCUUGGCGUGGAAGGCUACUACACAGAAGGAAUGACACUGUUACGCGCUGAUAUGCAUGUACUGGCUUCCUGCAUGCAGGCCAAGUGUGCCAAGGUUUCCCGAACUUUGAAUCAACUCAAUGUGGAUCUCCUGUCCAUUUGUUCCGAGUGGUACAUCACUUGGUUUGCAAACAGUUUGCCUGUGACAACCGUCCUUCGCGUGUGGGACACGCUUUUUUUCGAGGGCUUCAAGGUGCUCUUUCGCGUGUCUUUGGGCAUCUUCAAGCAAAUUGAAGAGGACGUUCUUAAGAGCGAUGGCUUUGAUGCCAUCAUGCAGCAGGCCAAGCGAUGGCCUAGAAGCAUCGUCGCGCACAACGAGCUCAUUAAGGCCAGCUUCGAAGGCCUCCCGAAUUUCCGAAGGCAGCAGCUGCGAAAGGCCAGGGAGGAGGCCUUGAGCCGAAUUGAGAAGGAGGAUCAGGAGCGUAAGCGCGCUGCAAAAGCCAGGCAAGAAGCACAGGAGAGCGCGAGAAAAGAGGUUACAGCUAGGGACAGUGCUGUCAAUGGAGAUGCAGAUCGCUCACAUGCAACGUCCGUGCCUUUUUAUGAUUGA